UGUUGAAAAGGAUACGGCUUGAAAAUACGCUAUACAUAAUUAGAUCCCCGAAGUUAUAAGUAGGCCGGACGGCCACAAUCAACAACCGUGAAAUGGCGGAGAAACUAGCACCUGAAAAGCGGCACAGCUUUUUCCACGGAAGUCAGAAAGUUUUCGAAUGGGAUCAAACCCUAGAUGAGGUCAAUAUGUACAUCAAUUUGCCCAGAGGAGUCCCCACCAAGCUCUUUUACUGCAAAAUUCAGUCCAAACAUGUUGAAGUUGGAAUCAAAGGCAAUCCUCCCUAUAUGAAUCAUGAUUUAUCUUCGCCUGUGAAGACAGAUUCUUCAUUUUGGACUAUAGAGGAUGAUGUAUUGCACAUUACUCUGCAAAAGAGGGAUAAAGGUCAAACAUGGUCGUCUCCUAUUCAAGGUCAGGGUCAGCUUGAUCCAUAUGCUGCAGAUCUCGAACAGAAACGUCUCAUGCUUCAGAGGUUUCAGGAGGAGAAUCCGGGUUUCGACUUCUCUCAGGCCCAGUUUUCAGGGAACUGCCCUGAUCCAAGAACAUUCAUGGGUGGCAUAAGAUCUGAUUAGCAAUCAUUGGUUUCUUACUCGUGUGAACAUGUACAUUAAUUCACUCAAACCUUGUAUCUUAACUAAAUAGUAUUGUGUUUGCUCACAUAUUUAUAUUUUAGAGAUGCUCUACUUAUGCCCAGUUGCUUAUAAAUUGUUCUUGAUUUUAGCCA